AGAUAUAAUGUAAUAAACAAAGGAAAAGAUAUCAUUUGAAAUUACGCAAAUCGAGUAAACAGCAACAUCGAUGGGUCACGUUUAGUGUCUUGUGAAGUCGACCGGACAUGUUUGCGUUUUUAUUGUUUGGUUAUAAAAUUAUUUUUAUACGGGUUUUAUUAACUUAUUGUCGAUACAUUCAGAAUCUAGGUUAUAAAAUUAUUCGUAACCGAUUUAUCAGAUAGUCGCACGUGAACAUGUGACCUACACCAGAUUACGAUGUUUACUGUGUUUAUUGGGUGCCUUUUUGUUCGCGGUGCAUCUAAAUGCAACCAGGAAGAAAGUAAAACCAACAUAACUUUAGUUAUUUAUCUAUAAUUUAUUAAGUAUUUUUGUGUUUAGAGCCUAUCACCACGUGCCCUUUUAUAAUCAGCUCAGCCGUAGCAAAAAAAAAAAAGCAAUCACGUGAGCCACCACUGUCCUCUGAUAGACUCAUGGUUUUAACGAGACAGCGCGAGCCCAGUUUCUAUUGGUCACCUCGGUUUUCCCGCCCAGAUUCCAAUAAAAAGCGAGUUUUUGGCAAUAUGGACGCCAGUCUCGUAGUUGUGGUGUUAGCGUGUUUAAGCUCUUAGGUUGUGUUUGUGCGAGUCCAGAGAAGUUAAGAUGCUGUCUGCGCGGUCUUCUCUAUCUGAGAGCAGCUCUGUGAGCGACACAUGGCCGGACAAAGAAAACACGCCCCCGAGCUUGAGCAGCCGCGCCCUCGCGUGCAGAACUUCGCGGAGGAUCCUCAGUGACGUUACGCCUGAAGCUGCAACAAGCAGCUCAGAGGAGCCACUGCUGAAGGAGAACCCUCGUCGCUUUGUUAUCCUUCCUAUCCAGUACCAGGACAUCUGGCAGAUGUACAAGCAGGCAGAAGCUUCGUUCUGGACGGCGGAGGAGGUGGACCUGUCCAAGGACCUGCAGCACUGGGAGUCUCUGAAGGACGAUGAUAAACAUUUCAUCUCCUACGUGUUGGCCUUCUUUGCUGCCAGUGACGGUAUUGUUAUCGAGAACCUGGUGGAGCGCUUCACUCAGGAAGUACAGAUACCAGAAGCCAGAUGUUUCUACGGUUUCCAGAUCGCCAUGGAGAACAUCCACUCUGAGAUGUACAGCCUGCUGAUCGACACCUACAUCAAGGAGCCCAAGGAGAGGGAAUACCUGUUUAACGCCAUCGAGACUCUGCCAUGUGUGAAGAAGAAGGCUGACUGGGCACUCAACUGGAUUGGGAACAAGAACGCCACCUAUGGAGAGCGUGUGGUGGCCUUUGCUGCCGUGGAGGGAAUCUUCUUCUCCGGUUCCUUCGCUUCCAUCUUCUGGCUGAAGAAGAGGGGCCUGAUGCCCGGUCUGACCUUCAGCAACGAGCUCAUCAGCAGAGACGAGGGUCUUCACUGCGACUUCGCCUGUCUGAUGUUCAAACACCUGGUGAACAAACCCUCGUCUAAAACCGUCACCAGCAUCAUCAGGAACGCCGUGGAGAUCGAACAGGAGUUCCUGACGGAAGCUCUGCCAGUGAAGCUGAUCGGGAUGAACUGUGACAUGAUGAAGCAGUACAUCGAGUUUGUGGCUGACAGACUGGUGACGGAGCUCGGCUUCUCUAAGAUCUACGAGUCGGACAACCCCUUUGACUUCAUGGAGAACAUCUCCCUGGAGGGAAAAACCAACUUCUUUGAGAAGCGGGUCGGUGAGUACCAGAGGAUGGGCGUCAUGUCGGGUCCCACGGACAACACUUUCAGACUGGACGCUGACUUCUGAGACUGAUCUCCACUGUUGGGUUCGUGACCUAAUGGACAUUACAGCAGGCCCAGUGCAUGCUGGGACUUGUCACAAACUAUGCGGUAACUAAACGUUUUUAUGUAUUUUUGUAAUGAAAUGUCUGAAUUCAGAAUGUACAGUUGAGUAAAUAUGAAUGUAUUUAAUAAAGAUUACUUGUUACUUUA